GGAGACACAAAGGUGACAAACUGGUCGUAAUUGCUAUCGGGCGUAAAGGGGCUGUUACACUUUUGGGUAGGCGGUGGCUGAGUGGUAGCGUGCUGGGCCCACAUUCAAAACGUGAUGGACGACGCGAGUUCGAAUCCCCACGCUACCACCUGGGAUUUUUCAGUCACCGCCGAGUGGCUUAAAACUACCCACAUGCUGUCCUGAAGACCACCCAGCAACCCGGACUCUAGAGAAAACCGUCAAGUGAAUCAAGGAGUUCCGGGGGGCAGCAUGAGCCAAGAGAAGAUGGCGCCACUAUAAACACUUGCCUGCUCCAUGACGGGCUGGGGUCGAAUACCAUCCAGGCCCCUCAAGCAAGCCUACCGGCGCUAUAGGCAUAGACGUAAAAAAAACAAAUAAAACACUGGGUAUAUUUUCCGUGGAUCUUCAGUCAAACCACGAUUUCCGUCAGCGUGGUUUUCAUUUGUUUCUUGUUAUUGCUGAUGAUGAUGAUGAUCUUCCGCAGCAUUAUUAUCCCGUUUCUAUACGGGGUCGCUGUUCUUGAUGAGUCUCCUCCAUCUAACCCUGUCCUCCGCCACUUCAAGGUCCAAGGUCUUCUCCCUGUCGUCCGCCACUUCAAGGUCCAAGUUCUUCUCCCUGUCCUCCGCCACUUCAAGGUCCAAGUUCUUCUCCCUGUCCUCCGCCACUUCUAGGUCCAAGUUCUUCUCCCUGUCGUCCGCCACUUCAAGGUCCAAGUUCUUCUCCCUGUCGUCCGCCACUUCAAGGUCCAAGUUCUUCUCCCUGUCCUCCGCCACUUCAAGGUCCAAGUUCUUCUCCCUGUCCUCCGCCACUUCAAGGUCCAAGUUCUUCUCCCUGUCCUCCGCCACUUCAAGGUCCAAGUUCUUCUCCCUGUCCUCCGCCACUUCAAGGUCCAAGUUCUUCUCCCUGUCCUCCGCCACUUCAAGGUCCAAGUUCUUCUCCCUGUCGUCCGCCACUUCAAGGUCCAAGUUCUUCUCCCUGUCGUCCGCCACUUCAAGGUCCAAGUUCUUCUCCCUGUCGUCCGCCACUUCAAGGUCCAAGUUCUUCUCCCUGUCCUCCGCCACUUCAAGGUCCAAGUUCUUCUCCCUGUCCUCCGCCACUUCAAGGUCCAAGUUCUUCUCCCUGUCCUCCGCCACUUCAAGGUCCAAGUUCUUCUCCCUGUCGUCCGCCACUUCAAGGUCCAAGUUCUUCUCCCUGUCCUCCGCCACUUCAAGGUCCAAGUUCUUCUCCCUGCCCUCCGCCACUUCUAGGUCCAAGUUCUUCUCCCUGUCCUCCGCCACUUCAAGGUCCAAGUUCUUCUCCCUGUCCUCCGCCACUUCAAGGUCCAAGUUCUUCUCCCUGCCCUCCGCCACUUCUAGGUCCAAGUUCUUCUCCCUGCCGCCCGCCACAACACAGUCCUUCCAUCUCGUCCUGGGUCUUCCUCUCUUCCUUCUGCCAUCUACUUCCACGUCCAUUAUCUGCCUUUCACAACUCCCUUCCUCUCUCCUCAUGACAUGCUGAUGAUGAUGAUGGUAAGUAACACCGUCGUCCUUUGGGGAAAUCUACCGUAGCUUUGCAAGGACGCCUCUCCUCCCGAAAUUGACCUCUCUUUCGGCCACCUCUUUUGAUUCUUUUUUGUAGGAGCAGCGAGUAGCGGGCUUUUUAUUAUUAUCAUUAUUGUUUCCUUGUUUAGUGCCCUUGAGCUGUCUCCUUUGUUGUAAAAAUAAAAAAUAAAAGAUCGUGGACACGUCAGAAAACCACGGAAAUAUAAGGAUCACGCCAGCGGAGAUCGUGGUUUGACUGAAGAUCCACGGAAAAUUUGCCCAGUGUAAUAACCCCUUAAGUCGUAUAUGUCGUAACUCAAGGAGCAGCUCUACUGGGUGAGUGGAAGGGCGCCAUCUGCCCCGAGUGACGCCUGGCUGGAGCCUUGGACACAACCGGCGGGCCAGAUUAUCGUACUCAGUUACUCGUAUUUACCGGUUUCUGAGCCAUAGCUAUAUCCAAAAAACACCAAUAAUUAACCAUUUUAACGAUAAAUAUAUAUGAAGGCAGUUAUUGGGGUCGAGGUGGCAGUUUUGUGUCGGAAAUCGGCAAACAUAGGGCUGAGUACGACAAUCUGGCAAUCUUGGACACCAGCGGCGGCCCAGCGCGUCACAAGGAGCAACAGGCAAGGAGUGUGUGUGAGUGGAUGCAUGUGUUAGGUUGAGUGACAGAGUGUGUGAGGAGCAAGAAGAAUGGGGAGAAGUGCGUGAGUGAUGGAGAAUGGAGACAAUGGUUGCUGCUGAGGCUGGUUAUAAAGGAGGAGGAUGCAACGCUGCCAGAUUGUCGUACUCAGCUUUUUUGCCAGAUUGUCGUACUCAGCUUUUUUGCCAGAUUGUCGUACUCAGCUUUUUUGCCAGAUUGUCGUACUCAGCUUUUUUGCCAGAUUGUCGUACUCAGCUUUUUUGCCAGAUUGUCGUACUCAGCUUUUUUGCCAGAUUGUCGUACUUAGCUUUUUAUGUUUGCCGAUUUCCGACCCAAAAACUGCCUCUUCGACCCCAAUAACUGCCUUCACAUAUAGUUAUCAUUAAAAUGGUUAAUUAUUGGUGUUUUUUGACAAUAGCUAUGGCUCAGAAACCGGUAAAUACGAGGCUUUGAGUACGAUAAUCUGGCAACGGUGGGAGGAUGGGGAGGAGGAGGAGGAGAUAAGAGAAAUGACUAAAUACGACACGGAAGACGAAAUGAAGAAAGAUAACAAAUGCAACAUACACUCUCUCUCUCUCUCUCUCUCUCUCUCUCUCUCUCUCUCUCUCUCUCUCUCUCUCUCUC